AUGUUACUAAUUCCUUGCAUUACGGAUCAUCGUGUGCUAAGCGAUCCAUUCAUGAGGCUUCCAACGCGUAAAGAAUUGCCUGACUAUUAUGAAUUUAUCAAGAAACCAAUGGAUUUUAAUCGCAUCCGAAACCGUGUGCGUGAUGGCAAGUAUCGCAGCAUUGAUGAUCUCGAGGCUGACAUGAUGCUCUUAUGCAAGAAUGCGCAAAUGUAUAAUAUUGACGGUAGCCUCUUUACAACUUAA